CGGAUAUGAUGCGUCAAUGAUGCGUCAUUGCGGACUUUUAUUUUGACAGCUUUAAAAGCAGGAAGUGCCUGAAAGUGUGAUUUUCAAGCUGGAGGACAUGGGGGUUAAAAUAGAGGUUUUUAGGAUGAUGGUCUACCUGUCGUUUCCAGUGGCCAUGUUUUGGAUAUCGAACCAAGCAGAAUAUUUUGAAGAAUAUAUCGUGAAGAGAAAGAGGGAGAUCUUCCCUCCUGAUGAGAAAAUGCAUAGGCAAGAGCUGGAGGAUUUCAAGGUACGCAUGAGAAACAGAAGGGAGCAGAAGAUGCUGAAACAGAUGGGAAUGGAGUCUGAGGAUUGACUGUAAAAUGUAAUUUUGUCAUAAUGCUAACUUGGGAUCAAGCCUUAAAAUAAAACACUGCAGAGCUUAUGUUUUCCCAGAGCGCUAAUCCAUAUAUUUAAAAUUAUAAUGACUCAUAUAUAUUAUUAUUAUUAUUAUUUUACUUUUUUUGUUGUUGCAUAAUUUAAUUUAAGGAACAGGUGGGGAAUGCAUGUUUUUUAAAUAUACUGUGUAAGUCUUUAAACAGUCUCACAGUGUAAAUGACUAUAUAUUAACACUGCUUUGUUUUUUGUUUUUUUUCAUAUUCAAAAAGAAUUAAAGUAAAUUUAUUUUUUUAAUCA